AUGCCAGUAUUACCCUCUCUCCAAGGCUCAACUUUCGACGCCGACAUUCGAGACCGCCACAUGAUCUACGACUACGCAGCAAAAGACACACAUGGCAACCCCGAAAAAUGGCGAUACGAAAUGUGGUUCUACAAUGAAGAUCGCAUCGUCUACGCCAUCCAUGGGGGCCCAAUGGCAGGCAGAAAGAGCUUCCAAACUGCAACAUAUCAAUGCAUCCGUCCUGGAGAACUAUGGCAAUGCAAUUGGCUAGAGGAAACGGGCACUAUCUGUUCGCUCGUCUAUGAUAUCCCCAACAAACGCAUCUCAACUUUACUUGCAUUCUCGCAAGGCCAUUGGUCACAGAAUAAGGCUGCUCAUGGUGACAAGCGCAAUCCUAAAGACCUUGCGCGUUGGAGGGAAUUGGCGAAGGUCGGCGAGUCUCAGGCGGAUAGGGUGCUUUUGAGUGAACAGGCAGAUAUCUUGGAGGAUUUUAGGGGUCCCGGGUCUUUGGAGGACAUAAAGAUGGAGUGGCCUACUUUGUAA